AGUCAUCUUUUUGGACGAUCAUCACUCUACAGUGAACUAGAAGCAGUAGCUACAAAAACUGGAACUCACUACAAAUUGGCGCGUGGAAUUUAACGACAGCUCAUGGGUAUUUUAAUAGCACUUGGUUGGCUUUCGAUUUUUGUCGUCCACAGUGUAUCAUCGUCACAGGACGAAACCAUCCAUCACGGAAUCCCAUACGAUGCAACUGGUUCGCAAGAAGAACUUCAAACUGACAAUCCCAAAGAAUCUGGACUUAACACCUAUAACGUAAAAGAGGUCGCAAAGAAAAAUCCUAAAAAACUUGCCCAUCCGUGUUACGCACCUUCCCACAUGUACGGCCCCACGCCUGAAUCGAUCUUGAUAAACGGGCAAAGAUUCCUACUAAAUACGGCGAGAUGUAAAUCUCGUACCAUCUUUGCAUGCUUGGACAACGUUGCCACAAGUUUAGGACGCUGCCAAGUAAUUGUAAAAACCUUUAGGGGGUUCUCUUAUACUAGUGGUUGCCAAUGUUCAGGUUAAUUUACGUGGAAGAUUGGAAUUUGUUGGAACCAAAGUAGCUAGGAAAUUGUUAAAAUGACUUAUGUGAAGGAAUAAAAUUGGGUCCACUUCAAUGA